CCGCCUCGCAGCUCUGGCUUCGUGAACCGGCCGGCAUUUUCUUUUCACCUAGUUCCAGUACCAGCUCUCAGUGCUUACAGGAGCUGUUAUCAUUCUUACAACUUUUUCCACGACAAUCUGCUAAACAAUGCCUGGCUUUUCAGACAGAGACCGGGGCAGAGAUAGAGGGUAUGGUGGUGGACCUCCUCGUUUUGGUGGCGGCGGAGGCAACAGGGGAGGACCUCCUCAGGGGAAGUUUGGAAACCCUGGAGAACGGCUGAGGAAGAGACACUGGAACCUGGAUGAGCUUCCAAAGUUUCAAAAGAACUUCUACCAGGAGCAUCCAGAUGUCACACACAGACCUCUGCAAGAGGUCGAACAGUAUCGUAGAAGCAAAGAAGUUACGGUCAAAGGCAGAGAUUGCCCCAAACCAAUUAUUAAAUUCCACGAAGCUGCGUUUCCAAACUACGUCAUGGAUGUUAUUGUUAAGCAGAACUUCACUGAACCGACUCCAAUCCAGUCCCAGGGAUGGCCUGUUGCUUUGAGCGGUAAAGACAUGGUUGGCAUUGCUCAAACUGGCUCUGGGAAAACCAUCGCAUACCUUCUGCCAGCAAUUGUUCACAUCCAACAUCAGCCAUUUUUGGAGCAUGGGGAUGGACCUAUUUGCUUGGUGCUGGCACCGACCCGUGAGCUGGCUCAGCAGGUGCAACAAGUUGCUGCUGAAUACGGCAGGGCUUCUCGUCUCAAGACUACUUGCAUCUACGGUGGAGCACCAAAAGGACCACAAAUAAGGGACCUUGAAAGGGGAGUGGAGAUUUGCAUCGCUACCCCUGGCCGUCUCAUCGACUUCCUGGAGUGUGGAAAAACGAACUUGCGUCGUUGCACCUACCUUGUGCUUGAUGAAGCAGACCGCAUGCUGGACAUGGGCUUUGAACCUCAGAUCCGCAAAAUAGUGGAUCAAAUUCGGCCUGAUCGUCAGACCUUGAUGUGGAGCGCCACCUGGCCUAAAGAGGUUCGUCAGCUGGCUGAGGACUUCCUGAAGGAUUACGUUCAGAUCAACAUCGGGGCUUUGCAGCUCAGUGCCAAUCAUAACAUCCUGCAGAUAGUUGAUGUCUGCAAUGACCUGGAGAAGGAGGACAAGCUGCUCCGUUUGCUGGAGGAGAUCAUGAGCGAAAAGGAGAACAAGACCAUUAUCUUUGUGGAAACCAAAAGGCGCUGCGAUGAGCUCACCAGGAGAAUGAGAAGAGAUGGGUGGCCAGCAAUGGGAAUCCACGGUGACAAGAGCCAGCAGGAGAGGGACUGGGUCCUUAAUGAGUUCAGAUUCGGCAAAGCUCCGAUUCUUAUCGCUACAGACGUGGCCUCCCGUGGGUUAGAUGUGGAGGAUGUGAAAUUUGUCAUCAAUUAUGACUACCCUAACUCCUCCGAGGACUAUAUCCACCGCAUUGGCCGCACGGCCCGCAGUCAAAAAACGGGCACCGCCUACACCUUCUUCACCCCCAACAACAUGAAACAGGCCAGUGACCUGAUCUCUGUGCUGCGUGAGGCCAACCAGGCCAUCAAUCCCAAGCUGAUCCAGAUGGCAGAAGACAGAGGAGGUCGUGGAAGGGGGGGAAGAGGUGGUUACAGGGAUGAUCGUCGCGAUAGGUAUUCAGGGGGCGGCAGAAGUAAUUUUGGCGGUGGCGGCUACAGGGACAACGAUAGAGGGUUCGGCAACGGGUCCAAAACUGCCUUCGGGGGGAGCAAAGCCCAAAAUAGCGGGAAUUACGGAGGCGGCAAUAGCAAUCCCAGUGGUAACUAUGGCAACAAUUACAACAACACUAACGGACAGGGUAAUUUCAGCGCUCCACCAAACCAAGGUGGCUUUGGCAACCAGAACUUCCAAGGCCCGCCUCAGUUUGGCGGCAUGCAAAGGCCCGCUCAGAACGGCGUGAACCACGCGCCUUUCCCCUUCAACUCUCAGCCUCCACCACAGAACCAACAGGCCCCGCCCCCACCGCCCAUGGUGCCCUACCCCAUGCCGCCACCAUUCCCUCAGUAAAUAUUGUAUAUAAACACAUUUGAAAAGCAGUCUUACCGUACGAAUCUUGUUAUUCUUUGUUUAAUGUUGUUUUGCUUACAGCAUGGUUGGAAUUAUUCAGUAAACCCAGAAGAGUAAAUGGGAUCAUAGCCUCCCGUCGUGUAAACAAGUUUGCUGCACUUUUUCCUGGACUGUAUUUUUUUCAUUUUUUUUUUUUUUUCUUUUGUUACAUUCCUCGGUAAUUUAUUUUUACUAGGUAAUCCUGUGUUCACUUUCAGUUUAAAGUGAUGUAAUGGAAGUUGUAUCAAAGGGUGCCGGUGGCCCCGUUUUAAAUAAAGAGGAGAAAAUAAAAAGUGGUGGUUUAAGUGUGA